AUUGUGACUGACAGAAAUGAACGACAAAUUAACCGAGUAUUCAACGUAAUAGAAAAAUUAUAUGAAAUAAUUUGCUUCGUUUGCUGUCAUGUUUUGACCUUGCUUGACUUAAAUCCUCUUGGAAUAAAUCAGUGUAUUUCCUCCUUUGGUCUAUAUCUAUCGUUCCAUGUAAAAACAUCAGUUUUAAAGAUUCACGAUGAACUGGAAAACGGCGCUGUUAACCGUUACUUUAGUGUUUCACGCUGAUGGAUUCUCAAAAUACGGACGCACGUGUAAAGAUAUCGGAUGUCUAAAUAGCGAAGUAUGUGUGCUUGCCGAAGAACCAUGUACAUUUGGACAAUCCCACAAUUGUGGUACUUAUCCUACGUGCAAAAAGAAGUCGCAAGUUGAAGGGUCACACACUAACCCGGCUCCACCAACCCAUAAGCCAGCAGUGCCUCAGUCCCCCACAAGAGAUAUCGACGCGCCACCCAACUACCCAGCGCCUGCUCCACCAGGCGGACAAUCUCCUUAUGGAAACAAUUCACCUUACGGAAACAAUUCGCCCUAUGGAAACAAUUCUCCAUAUGGUGGGCAUAGUAAUCAAGGUGGUUCAACGUUCGGUGGAGGCUCUCCCUACGGCGGUAACUCGCCUUACGGUGGAAGUUCACCCUAUGGCGGAAAUUCGCCCAGUGGCGGAAAUUCACCCUAUGGCGGCAAUUCGCCUUACGGCGGAAACUCUCCGUAUGGUGGAUCAAACAACAGAGGAGGCAAUAGUCCCUAUGGUGGUAACUCUCCAUAUGGUUCGAGCUCUUCUGGUGGUUUCGGAGGAUCGGGUAGUCCUCUCGACACCAUUUUAAAUACUCUCAACAAAUAUGCAAAUGGCGGCGGCGGCAGUAGCGGCGGUUCAACAGGAGGCAGCUCAGGAUUAUCCAGCAUACUUGGAAGCCUCGUUGACAAUAUUUCCAAAAACGGAGGUUUGAGCAGUUACUUCAACACCAGACCAAUUAUACAGAACCCUAAUUACCAAUCGUACAGCUCGAAUUCAAGAAGUUCUAAUCCCCAGUAUUCUUCGUCAGGUUACCAGCCGAGUUAUCAGACGCCUGUCCCAAAUCGAAACUACGGUCAAAGUAAUGCCCACCACAGUGGAGCCACAACACAUAAACCAGUAUCCUAUGGCUGGAAUUUUGGGUAAAUAACAUACCUAAUUACAAAUCGGUGUGGCUUCACGCGGUGAAAUCUUUUUGUAGUUGCUUUGCAUGAAUCUAGACACUAUUUUCUUUUAUAAUUUUAAUUAUUUCUUUUUCUGCACUAAUAUAAAAGCCUAAUAAACAUGUUCAGGUGGUUACCAACUCCUUUAAUGUAACUAUGCGAUCGGUAACUAUUACUUUAACACAUGCUACCUACUAAGGUGUCUGAAAUAAAAAAAACUUUAUGUAUAAAAAUAAUAUAUUACUAAUUAAAUGGGCUUGUUGUAAAACAAAAAAAAAAUAGUAUUUUUGUUGAAGCUUUAAGUUUUAUGUAACAUGCAUGGAAUAACGAUAGAAAUGUAAAGCAGUAAAAUAAUUUAAGGCUACCCAUAAUACUCGAUUGUCGCAAAGUUUUCAUUGUUAUUUUUUCUUUUGUAUAUAUAUGCAAUUGUACAAAAUGCACUUUUGUGUUAUUAUUAUUAGCUUGUAAGAAUACAUAUCGUACUCUUAUAUCCGAGAUACACGGGACUAGAUUUUUCCAAACUGGGUUACCUAUUCUGGUUUACUGCACUGGGUUGGGGCAAGCUUUAAAGAAAGUUUUAAAGCGUCAUUAUUUCCGCUAUUGGGUUUGCCAUCAGACAGGCGAUCCGUAAUAAAACUAUGGAGCCGAAACCUUUUGUAAUAUCGAAACGUUGCAAAUAUAAGCAUACGGAAAAAGGGUAAAUAUGCUUAGCUUUUAAUAUGAAACAGGUUUGUAAAAUGAGAAAAGCUGUAUGUAUAAUUAUAAUCCCUUACAAAAAUAAAACCCAGUUCUGGUAAUGUCACUUGUGAUAUUAUUUUUUAAACAUUUAACUCUUGUUUUUUAUACAAAAAACGCAUUCCUUCUUAAAAGGCCGACAAUGUACCUGUAAUUUCGCCGAUGUUGCCUAUAAAUAACGGUAACUACCAUCAGGUGAGCCACAUGCCCAUUACCCCUAUGUUAUAAAAAAAAGUGAUGUCUAUGUCUAUUCUGAACGGAUUUUGAAAUUCUUUUUUUUUUUUUGCAAUCAUACUAUCUUAAAAUCUAGUUUCGUGUAAUUUGGAUAUUUUUCCCCACUCACGAAAAUACUUGUCAUAGUGCCAUAAAUUAAUGUAAAUAUAUUCUAUUUAUUUCAGUGCGACUGUGAUGUUGAUGUACGUCAUAAACCGAUACAUCCAGAGCAUGACAUGGAAUUAACAAUAACUUACAAUUCUUUUAAUUUUUUCUAAAAAAAAAUUGCAUUUAAAAUUUGCCUCCGAAUUUCAGUUUUUUUUUACACAUCAAAAAAGCAAUUUGGAGAUAUUUCCAAAAACGUUGUCUAAUACUUGUAUUUUAAGAAACAACUGUUACCUUUGCCACCUAGGUGAUUAGAUCACCAAUAGAUUACUAAAUAUUUAAGUAAAAUAAUCAAUGUAUGUGUAUUAUAAUCAUAUAUAGGUGCUGUUUUUUUUUUUUUUUUUUAAUAAAAA